CGUCACAAUUAUCCGGAGAGGGAUGUAGGUUAUGUACGUACCAAGUAGGCUUGAGUGGUUCCCGGUUUACUAUUAAUUUCAUAUUUCGUGUAAGAAGGACGCGAGACGAUGUAAGGGAGAAUCGACGACGUCGUCUCGUCUUGCAAGAUGGAUCGCCGAUUCUGCGUCCGUGCCGGGUAGACCACGUAAACGUCCGUCUUCCGGCUCCGGAGGAGAGGUUAGCUCUCCGUCCAAGCCGACCGUGCCGAAAAUGGCUGUGGAGUUUUUGAUGAAUCGGCUUAAGGCCUUGUUCGUGUUACUCUUCGGUAUAUUUAAGCGCGCGAUGUGCUGCCUCCGACGUCGAAGACGAUCGUCCUGCGACUCCGUGCCCUUGUCCACCGUCGGUGUGGUGCCGAAUGUUCUCACUAGCUCGACGGAAUUGGAGCAAUGGGAUAAGUGGGAAGAAAAUCCAGUUGUUGUUAUACCAGAUAAGCCAGUUAAUACUGUACAAGCUAAGAUAGAGCAGUAUCGACAACAAGUGAUUAAGGCUCCUGAAUCGCCCACUGAAGAACAGCUUAACUUUUUUGAGGAUAUGACUCCAAAAAUCACUAGACAAGCAAAGAUUCUAAUAAAAGAUAAGCAUGCAGAUGGCUCAUCUCGUAACAUUGCAAAAUUCACGGCCAUGGAUCCUGUUCCGACUAAUGAAUUAGGAGAAUGGGAAGAAAACUCCGCUGGUUGGGAAGUGGACGAUUUCAAUGAUCCUACCAAAGUGCUACGAGAGCAAAGAAGGAGAGAGCGGGAACAGCGAUUAAUGGAACAGCAGCAGAAAAGGCUGGAACGUACUGCAAAACCACAACCCUUGGGUGCAAAACUGUGUUCCUGAUGCGAGAUCACAAAUGCGUGGGAAUUAAUAUCAAAAUACACAAUGUAUAUUUUAAUGGGAUACAUGCCGGAUAUUUUUAAUAUAGAAAUUGGCAUGUUCGUAUAACCCUUUAUUGCUCGAUAUAAUUUUCAAUAUCACGUGAUAAUUUU